UAAUAUAUAUAUAUAUAAAUAAGCAACAACAAUGGACAACAUUGAGCGACUAUAUAAAUGCUAUGAAAUAUUAUCGGAAGCGGGUGAUAAAAUAACUGAGCAUGUUGCGGAAUACAAAGAGAUAUUGCAGGCCGUAAAAGGCACCUCGAAGGAGAAGCGUUUGGCAUCCCAAUUCAUUGGCAACUUUUUCAAACACUUUCCGGAACUAUCAGAUACGGCGAUUGAUGCACAGUUCGAUCUAUGCGAAGAUGAUGAUACACAAAUACGUCGACAAGCCAUUAAAGAUUUGCCCAAGCUCUGUCAGGGCAAUGCAGAGGCUACUGUACGCGUGGGUGACACUCUCGCCCAACUGCUCAUAUUGGACGAUGCAACCGAGUUACAGCAAGUCAAUAACUCCUUGCUAAGCAUCAUCAAACUGGACACAAAGAGCUCCAUAACUGGUCUAUUCCAGCAGAUCACCACCGGUGAUGAACCGACACGUGAACGUUGCUUCAAAUUCAUUGCAACCAAACUGUUGACCAUGGGCCCCAAUGUCAUCACCAAGGAAAUCGAGGAAUACAUCGUUGAGGAGGUGAAGAAAGCCUUACAGGAUGUAACAGCCGAUGAAUUUCAUCUCUGCAUGACCAUUUUGGGUGCCACCAAAUUGGGCAGCACAAUAACCGGGCAUGCAGAACUCGUCAAACUGGCUACGGAACAGGCAGAACUAAAUAGCACCGAUACGGACUCGAUUGCUGUCGACGAUGAGAUUGUCGAGCGUUUCAUACAAUGUGCUACAGCAGCGGCGCCCUACUUUUCGAAAACUAUAAAAUCCACACAAUUUGUUGUCUACGUUUGCGAUAAAUUGCUGCCAAUAAACACAUGGAAUUUGAUUGCCACAGCAGUUGCACAAGAUCAAAUACAAUUGCGAUUACUAAAAGUAUUUGCCGAAAUGAUAACCAAUACGGACAAGCUGGAAAAUGCAAAUGAACGCAUUAAUGCCGUAUACAAUGUGCUACUGGAAUAUAUGCCGUUGCCAAAGCUAAGCGAUGAGGAAGUGGCCGAUACACCGCCCUCAUUCCAGUUCUCGCACGCUGAAUGUUUGCUUUAUGCAUUGCACACGCUGGGCAAAAAGCAUCCCGGCAAUUUAGCAUUUGUCGAGGAUGCCGAUAAACUAAAAGACUUUCGUGCUAGAUUGCAAUAUCUAGCACGCGGCACGCAGGGUUAUAUUAAGAAGUUGGAGGAGGCACUCAAAGGCAAGUCCGCCGAGGAACUGAAAACGGAAGAGAAUCAAUUGAAGCAGACGGCGCUGAAGACAACAUCAAAUAUCAAUAUAUUGAUACGAGAUCUAUUUCAUUCACCGCCCAUCUUCAAACAUGACGUUGUCCUCUCCUGGAUUGUGCCAAAAAAUACGAAGCUGGGCAAACGACAUGUGCCCAUCACAUUUGGGGACAAGGGCGCCGCCAAUGGUAAUAAUCAGGAGCAACAACAGGAGCAGCAGGAUAAGAAAUCGCGGCCAUCCAAUGAACAGAAAUUCUAUUCGCCACCAUCGGGCAAAUACUCGGGAAAGGUGAACUCCAACUAUGGCAACAACAAUCGCACGCGGCAACGUGGAGGAAACUUUAGGAAUCGACGCUACAACAGAUAUUAAAUCAAACUACUUUCGUCGCAUGUUUUGCUGUUCCCUCUUCUCCUAGUCGUUAAACAGAAACAGAAAAAAAAACGAUAUUAGAGAUUAGGCAUUGAUUCUCUAGUAACGUUUCGGAUCCACGUAGAAAAUAAACAACUUUCUUCUAAACCAAACCCCACAUAACAAAAAAAGACGAAGUUCGUUGCAGAUAUUGCUGAAGUAUCCAC